GCCGCGCAUUAAUUAGCUAUAAAUACGCGAUAAUCCUACGUCCUUCCUCCAACUCAUAUCUACGUAUCAACCUAAUAUGAAGAGCUAAAGAUAAAAAUCUUUAUUUAUUUUGUUUGUUCUAUUUCUUCAUAUCGUAACCUAUGAAAGAAAACAAAGUUAAAGUGUUAAAAAUAAAUAGUAUAGCAAUCACACCAUCCUUUGGUAAAUAACAAUACUACAAUCAGAAACUUUAACUAAUACACUGGCCUCUCUUAAACUUUAAUUAACGCGAUAAAAGUUUGAGUAAAUACAAUGUGAGCAAUGGAUUGAUAUGGACUAAAUAUUUCUAUUACAACACCACAACUUUUUCACAAUCGGACAGUGUUCAGUCUUCGAAUCGUUUGAUUGGUGAUUUGUGUUGUAUUUCAUGUGCAAUUGAUUAUUAAGAAAACGUCUAUCCGUUUGCUGCGGUAAGAUUUAAUUAAUGUUAAUUGCAACGACCUGAGGCAGGAACAGGUAACAAAGAUCGCUAUUCAUUUUACUGCUUUGAGUCGCAAAAAAAAUAUAUUCGCCGAAAUACCAUUAUACGUGAAGAGAUCGUCGCCAGUGAUACGAAGUUACGCGAAACAAGGAAAUGUUCUUAAUUAUCCUAAUGUUCUGCUGUUUGAUGACAGCCAACUGCAAACCAUCCGAUAAUCCUUCUUUUACUAACGUUGUUGCUACGCAACAAACGCCAAAUCAUUACGCUGGAAGAUUGAAGCUUAUCCACGUUUUUUUUCCGACUAAAGAACCUCUAUUUCGUCAAUACUGGCAAAGGUACAAAGGCGAUAUGAUCACUAGACGCAAAAGAUCAGUUGAUGGUGAUGCAACCAUUCAGGAUCCUUACAAGAAUGUCGUCAUGGUCGAUGAUAUUAACAAUAGAAACUCGACUGACAAGAAGAAAUCACCAAUCGAUAAUUUCUAUAAUAUGAAUGUGGAGAUGGUCGCAGCUGAGGACAUCCCAUUUCCUCCAUUGUUUCAGUACAGAUUGAAGCAGAAGAGACGCAACGAGAGGUUUUUGGAGCGUCAAAAGGAUCAGUAUAGAAAGGAACAAGGUUGGUAACUACGGAUUGGUAUCUUGGAAUCAAUUCCAAAAUAUUCCAGCGUUAGGUUCCACAUGGACUGAGUCAAACCAAACC